AUGGCUAAUUUACCCAAUGCUGGAGCACCCGCUGGUUCCCCAUCAUCGGCGGACAACCUUGAAAAUCUUCUUGCUCGUCUUUCUAUCACCCCAGAGGGCGCACGAGAAAUCGUUCGUGCCCUGGUGGCUUACGCCAACCUCGACUCGACCCAGUCCCUCACAACCACCACAACCACCUCUUCUGACUCCAUCAUCGCCGCUUCUCCCACUGUUGCCACUGGCGCAGAAACAUCUGGCCCCACUGAUGACAACGCGGACGACGAUCAACUCUCGGACACCAGUACCACCUCCCUGAUUUCACUCUCUGAUCUCGAUAGCAUCGGCCACCUCACUGCCGCCAGUUCCGCCACUUUGGUUGCCGCUUCCCUGCACAAUGUCGCUCCCCUCACAACCGAUGGGCUCAAUACUGCAGCUCCCGCCGCCAAUGCUGCAGGAGCCCAAACGGCUGUCACCGCUGGAGCCACGUCUGUGGCAGCCGCUCCUGUCGUCGCUCCCACAGCUGUCAACGUGGCCCUUCCGCUCUAUGGCGUCCUCCCGGUGAAUGCCCCAGCCAAUGCCGUCUUGCCUCCCGCACACCUCCUUGCCUUGCCGUACAGAUAUCAUGUCCCAGCUGCAAAUGCCGAGGGCCCAUUCUACGUCGUCACUCGAGGCCGCAACAUUGGUGUAUUCAAUGGCUGGGAAAACACAUCUCCUCUCGUCACCGGUGUUUCUCAUGCCGUCUUCAGUCGGGUUGCCAGUAUGACCGAAGGCCACGCUAGGAUGAACAUGGCGAUUACCUCUACUUUUGCAUUGUACCUCACUUAG